AUCCCUUCCUUCCUCUUGUAGGCUAAUCAUUCACCAAACCUCUUUUUAAUCCAAAACCGAGAAAUUCAAUCCAAAAACCCAAAAAAAUCCCAUUUUCUUCGAAACGCAUAGACCCUUCUCCACAAAAAUCUGUAAAGCACAUUCAAAAACCCUCAAUUUAAUCUACUAAAAACCCAAAAAAAAAAAAUCAAACAUAUUCUCCAUAUCCCCCAAUUUCACAGCACCAAAUUAGGCAAGGCAAUGUACAUUUUAAACAAUCACAAUCAUCCAUGUCCUGGAACAGAAAAAACCUUCCAAAUUUCACCAUGAACCUGAACCAGUAGAGAAGAAAACACAAAUUCCGGAGGGAGGAAGUCGAGUUGGGAUGAUGUUAGAAGAUGAAGGAGACGAAAACCCAUCAAAGUCAAAACCAGCAACCUGGUCGUCGUUUUCAUCAUGGAGGUAUGCGACGAGCUUCAAGAGAGAUCUAAUGGCGGGGGCAGUUAUGGGGGGUGUGGUACACACCAUUGUUGCACCCAUUGAGAGAGCUAAGCUUUUGUUGCAGACACAAGAGAGUAACAUUGCAAUUGGUGUUGGAAAACACCGAAAAUUUAAGGGUAUGCUUGAUUGCAUUGUUAGUAUGGUGAAGGAAGAGGGGUUUGUCGCACUUUGGAGGGGCAAUGGAAGUAGUGUUCUUCGGUAUUACCCUUCUGUCGCUCUCAAUUUCUCUCUUAAGGAUCUUUACCGAGAUGUACUAAAAAAUGACAGUGAUGGCCAGCCCAUUAUGACCGGUGUAGCUGCCAACUUUUUUGCCGGGGCCGCUGCUGGUUGCACCACAUUGAUCAUCGUUUAUCCGCUCGAUAUUGCUCACACACGAUUAGCUGCAGACAUUGGGAAGGCUGAUGCUCGUCAAUUUAGGGGAAUAUACCACUUCCUAACUAGUGUUUACAGGGUAGAAGGUGUCCGUGGACUUUACAGAGGACUCCCUGCAUCUUUCCAUGGAAUGGUUAUUCAUCGUGGUCUAUACUUUGGUGGAUUUGAUACAGUUAAAGAUGUUCUUGCCAAAGAUGCUGUAGAAUUAGCAUUGUGGAAACGCUGGUUGGCAGCACAAGUAGUGACAACUUCUGCUGGGUUGUUAUCUUAUCCAUUUGAUACAGUUCGAAGGCGUAUGAUGAUGCAAUCUGGUCUCAAGGAACCAAUGUACAGGAAAACUGUUGAUUGUUGGAAGACAAUAUAUAGGACAGAAGGGUUAACCUCAUUUUAUCGAGGGGCAAUUUCAAACAUGUUUAGGAGUACUGGUGCUGCUGCCAUUCUUGUUUUAUACGAUGAAGUUAAGAAGUUCUUGCACUGGGGUAAGGCUGGUUCUACUUCUACCAGUAACUGAUUUUUUUUGAAGGUAUCAAUAUACAGAUUUCGAUACAAUUUUAACGGAUACAGAUCAAAACAUGCGUCUGCUGGUGUUGCCUUCUAGCUUCUUGGCCAUGGCAGCCUUACACUAAUUUUUUUAACUAAGCAAUAAGAAAGAGAAUUGACUCCAGCUUUUUAUUUGCUCCACCAUCUUUCUGUAUAUACCUUUGUCAUUCAGCUAUUUUGCUGCUGAUUCUGGAGACUAUUUUGCUGCUGAUUCUGGAGAUUAUUGCGUUAUGUUGAUCUUAGUUCCCCUUAUUUUAGGGGAAAAAAGCUCAGGCAUUAAGGGUACGUUCUAUUCACCUGA